GCUCCGCCCCCACAUGUACUCAUCACAUGAUAGUGACAUCGUCGCAGGUCCUACACCCCCAGCUUCUAGCAGAUACAGAGAAGAUCGGGCACUCGCUGCUGUUGUGUUCUGAGUGCUCUUUCUCUUUCUGGUUCCUUCUUCUCUAGGUCCCAUUUUUUUUUCUCCAUCUUAUGAAUUAAAUUCAAGAAUGAUGGAGAAGGACAGGAAUGAGAUGUCUAGGACAAUAUUACACUUCUCUUUGGAGAUCCUCCACCUGCUGACCGGAGAGGAUUACACCAUAGUGAAGAAGACAGGGGGGGAGUGUGUGGCCCCCAGCAGCCAUCUCCAUGAGUCAGGAGGACAGAACAGGGCACAGGGCCCCAUCACGGAGCCUCCAUCUCUCUCACUGAUAAAUGAAGAGAAGAUCCUAGAACUCAUCCACAGGAUCACUGAGCUGCUGACUGGAGAGGUUCCUAUAAGGUGUCAGGAUGUGGCGGUCUAUUUCUCCAUGGAGGAGUGGGAGUAUGUAGAAGGACACAAGGAUCUGUACCAAGACAUAGUCAUGAUGGAGGAUCACCGGCCCCUCACAUCACAUGAAAAUCCCAGUAACGUCUCUAAUGGGAAAUGUACGGAAUCGGUAAAUUAUAAAGAAGAAGAUAAAGAUAUGGUGCAGCAAUCCUCAGGAGGAAACCUCCUUACCCUUAAUAUAUAUCCGGCUCCUCCCAGCACUUAUCUAUUAUAUAUUAAUACUCCCCCUAUUCAUGUGUUACCUGCUCCUUACCAACCACGUGUUGUUAUCCCGACUACAGAUCCCAAAAGGUUUAAAUGUGAGGAAUGCGGAAAAGAGUUUACAAAAAGUUCAAGUCUUGUUACACACAGAAGAAUUCACACAGGAGAGAAACCAUUUUCAUGUUCAGAAUGUGGGAAAUGUUUUGGCGAUAGAUCACAUCUUGUUAGACACAAGAGAGAUCACACAGGAGAGAGGCCGUAUGUGUGUUCAGAAUGUGGGAAAAGUUUUACACGCAAAUCCUAUCUUGUCACACAUGAGAGAAUUCACACCGGGGAGAAGCCAUAUUCAUGCAGAGAAUGUGGGAAAUGUUUUUCACACAGAACACAACAAGUUAUACACGAGAGAGGUCACACAGGGGAGAGACCGUAUUCAUGUUCAGAAUGUGGGAAAUGUUACCUGAGUAGAUCGAGUCUGGUUGCACAUGAAAAAUGUCACACACGAGAGAAAAAAUCUGAUCUUAUGAUACAUGAGAGAAUUCGCACAGGAGAGAGGCCAUAUUCAUGUUUAGAAUGUGGCAAACUUUUUAGAAGUAAAAAACAGCUUGGUAGACAUGAGAGAAGUCACAAAGGAGAGAAGCCAUAUUCAUGUUCAGAAUGUGGCAAAUGUUUUAAAAGUAAAUCAGAUCUUGUAAGACAUGGGAGAACUCACACAGGAGAGAAGCCACAUUCAUGUUCAGAAUGUGGAAAAGGUUUUAGAAAUAAAUCAGAUCUUAUCAUACAUGAGAGAAUUCACACAGGAGAGAAGCCAUAUUCAUGUUUAGAAUGUGACAAAUGUUUUAUAAGUAAAAAAGAGCUUGUUAGACAUGGGAGAAGUCACACAGGAAAGAAGCCACAUUCAUGUUCAGAAUGUGGGAAAGGUUUUAUAAAUAAAUCAGAUCUUAUAAAACAUGAUAGGAUUCACACAGGAGAGAGGCCAUAUUCAUGUUCAGAAUGUGGGAAAGGUUUUAAAAAUAAAUCAGAUCUUAUAAAACAUGAGAAUUUACACAAGAUUUGCUGUAGUUGUUUCUUCUUUAUGAACCAUUUUUAUUCUCCACCUGAUCAAGUAAAAUACAGAAGGAUGAACAAGGACAGGAGUGAGAUGACUAAGAGAAUAUUACACUUCACCCUGGAGAUUCUCCACCUACUGACCGGAGAGGAUUACACCAUAGUGAAAAAGACUUUGGGAGAGUGUGUGGCCCCCAGCAGCCAUCUCCAUGAGUCAGGAGGACGGAGCAUGACCCAGGGCCCCAUCACGGAGCUUCCACCUCACUCACUGAUCCAUGAGGAGAAGAUCCUAGAACUCACCCACAGGAUCACUGAGCUGCUGACUGGAGAGGUUCCUAUAAGGUGUCAGGAUGUGGCGGUCUAUUUCUCCAUGGAGGAGUGGGAGUAUGUAGAAGGACACAAGGAUCUGUACCAGGACAUGAUGGAGGAUCACCGGCCCCUCACAUCACAAGAAAAUCCCAGUAACGUCUCUGAUGGGAAAUGUACGGAAUCAGUAAAUUAUAAAGAAGAAGAUAAAGAUAUGGUGCCGCAAUCCUCAGGAGGAAACCUCCUUACCCUUAAUAUAUAUCCGGCUCCUCCCAGCACUUAUCUAUUAUAUAUUAAUACUCCCCCUAUUCAUGUGUUACCUGCUCCUUACCAACCACGUGUUGUUAUCCCGACUACAGAUCCCAAAAGGUUUAAAUGUGAGGAAUGCGGAAAAGAGUUUACAAAAAGUUCAAGUCUUGUUACACACAGAAGAAUUCACACAGGAGAGAAACCAUUUUCAUGUUCAGAAUGUGGGAAAUGUUUUGGCGAUAGAUCACAUCUUGUUAGACACAAGAGAGAUCACACAGGAGAGAGGCCGUAUGUGUGUUCAGAAUGUGGGAAAAGUUUUACACGCAAAUCCUAUCUUGUCACACAUGAGAGAAUUCACACCGGGGAGAAGCCAUAUUCAUGCAGAGAAUGUGGGAAAUGUUUUUCACACAGAACACAACAAGUUAUACACGAGAGAGGUCACACAGGGGAGAGACCGUAUUCAUGUUCAGAAUGUGGGAAAUGUUACCUGAGUAGAUCGAGUCUGGUUGCACAUGAAAAAUGUCACACAGAAGAGAAAAAAUCUGAUCUUAUGAUACAUGAGAGAAUUCACACAGGAGAGAGGCCAUAUUCAUGUUUAGAAUGUGGCAAACUUUUUAGAAGUAAAAAACAGCUUGGUAGACAUGAGAGAAGUCACAAAGGAGAGAAGCCAUAUUCAUGUUCAGAAUGUGGGAAAGGUUUUAAAAAUAAAUCAGAUCUUAUGAUGCAUGAGAGAAUUCACACAGGAGAGAAGCCAUAUUCAUGUUCAGAAUGUGGCAAAUGUUUUAUAAGUAAAUCAGAUCUUGUAAGACAUGGGAGAAUUCACACAGGAGAGAAGCCACAUUCAUGUUCAGAAUGUGGAAAAGGUUUUAGAAAUAAAUCAGAUCUUAUCAUACAUAAUAGAAUUCACACAGGAGAGAAGCCAUAUGCAUGUUUAGAAUGUGACAAAUGUUUUAUAAGUAAAAAAGAGCUUGUUAGACAUGGGAUAAGUCACACAGGAGAGAAGCCACAUUCAUGUUCAGAAUGUGGGAAAGGUUUUAUAAAUAAAUCAGAUCUUAUAAAACAUGAUAGGAUUCACACAGGUGAGAGGCCAUAUUCAUGUUCAGAAUGUGGGAAAGGUUUUAAAAAUAAAUCAGAUCUUAUAAAACACACAAGAAUUCACACAAGAGUUAAGCCAUAUUCAUGUUCAGAAUGUGGGAAAGGUUUUACACAAAAAUGCCGUCUUGCUCAACAUGAGAGAAGUCACACAGAAGAGAAGGCAUUUUGAUGUUUAAUAAGUGAAAUUUUUUUUUUAACUAAUUCGCACAGAGAAAAAAAAAUGUUGUUGUUUGGUAUGUGGGAAGUAAUAAAAAAGUCAAAAUAUACAGAAGAGAAGUCACAAUAUAGAAAAGCCAUAUUUAUGUUCAGAAUGUGGGGAAUGUUUUUUACAUCAACACCUCUUGAACAUAAGUGAAGUCACAGCGGAGAGAAACCAUUUUGAUCCGUUUGUAAAAAUAUUCUAUAGGAACCUUUUAUACAGUGGGGCAAAAAAGUAUUUAGUCAGCCACCAAUUGUGCAAGUUCUCCCACUUAAAAAGAUGAGAGGCUGUAAUUUUCAUCAUAGGUUAUAACGAGGACUAUUUCUGCCUACAAACAAGCAAUAUUUCUGUGUCUCACAGACCUGUAACUUCUGUAAGAGUCUACUCUGUCCUCCACUCGUUACCUGUAUUAAUGGCUCCUGUUUGAACUUGUUAUCAGUAUAAAAGACACCUGUCCACAACCUCAAACAGUCACACUCCAAACUCCACUAUGGUCAAGAUCAAAGAGCUGUCGAAGGACACCAGAAACAGCAUUGCAGACCUGCACCAGGCUGGGGAGGCUGAAUCUGUAAUAGGCAAGCAGCUUGGUGUGAAGAAAUCAACUGUGGAAGCAAUUAUUAGAAAAUGGAAGAUAUACAAGACCACUGAUAAUCUCCCUCGAUCUGGGGCUCCACGCAAGAUCUCACCCUGUAGUGUCAAAAUGAUCACAAAAACGGUGAUCAAAAAUCCCAGAACCACAUGGGGGACCUAGUGAAUGACCUGCAGAGAGAUGGGACCAAAGUAACAAAGGCUACCAUCAGUAACACACUACGCCGCCAGGGGCUCAAAUCAUGCAGUGCCAGACGUGUGCCCCUGCUUAAGCCAGUACAUGUCCAGGCCCGUCUGAAGUUUGCUAGAGAGCAUUUGGAUGAUCCAGAAGAGGAUUGGAAGAAUGUCAUAUGAUCAGAUGAAACCAAAGUAGAACUUUUUGGUAAAAACUCAACUCUUCAUGUUUGGAGGAGAAAGAAUGCUGAGUUGCAUCCAAAGAACACCAUACCUACUCUGAAGCAUGGGGGUGGAAACAUCAUGAUUUGGGGCUGUUUUUCUUGUAAGGGACCAGGACGACUGAUCCAUAUAAAGGAAAGAAUGAAUGGGGCCAUGUAUCGUGAGAUUUUGAGUGAAAACCUCCUUCCAUCAGCGAGGACAUUGAAGAUGAAAUGUGGCUGGGUCUUUCAGCAUGACAAUGAUCCCAAAUACACCACCCGGGCAAUGAAGGAGUGGCUUUGUAAGAAGCAUUUCAAGGUCUUGGAGUGGUCUAGCCUGGGCCAAAAUACCAGCAACAAUGUAUGAAAACCUUGUGAAGACUUACAAAAAAUGGGGAUAUAACAAAGUAAUGAGAUGAACUUUUCUUAUUGACCAAAUACUUAUUUUCCACCAUAAUUUGAAAAUAAAUUAUUUAUAAAUCGGACAAUGUGAUUUUAUGGAUUUUUUUCUCAUUCUGUCUCUCAUAGUUGAGGUUAUAACCUAUGAUGGACAUUACAGCCUCAUCGUUAUAAGUGGGAGAACUUACACAA